AUGUUUCACGUGAGCAGGGAUUCAAACUGUUUCCAAUCCGAAGAGGAUUUUGAUGAUAAUCCAAGAGUUGAUGGAGUUAUCGAAUUACUCAAACUUUUCGUAUGGCCUGCAGCUGCAAUUAUGUUAAUUUUCCUUUUACUCCUGGUGAACAAUUCGGUUAACAUUGAGAAACAAAAAAACGUCCGGAGGCGUCAUUUAAUGAGCACAGUUCAAAAUUGGCAUAUGCACGAUGAUUUUAUUGCAGGACUUAAAGGAAUUAGAAAAGAGGAAGAAUGUAAAAGAAUGAUGUUUUCUGAAAAGUGUGAAUAUAGUAAACCGGUGGUCAAUGCGUUGAAUGAAUAUAAAAAAGAGAGAAUUGAAGAAGUAAAGAGAAAAACUUUCGAAAAAUCUUCAAAGAAAAAUGCAGAAAUUGCUAAAGAACGAUUUGGCCCGGUUAAAACAUUGAAAAUGGGUGGAGUAUUUCCCAAAAAUAAGGCGAAUAGUGUAUUCUGGAGUCCUGCAGAUAUUGUUGCAUUCAAUUUAAUGUUUAGAAAAGCUCGAAAAACUCAAAAACUUGCAGAUGGUGUGAAGAUUGCUUCUAUUGAUGAAAUUUACUCUUGAACUAUUAUUAUCGAAAAAAUACGAUCGCACAAAUUUCUCAUAAUUUAUUUUUGAUCUACCUGUUGAACUUGACUCCGCCCCCAAUCUUGUUGCCGUUGUUAUUUUGUUGUGGCUGUCUUGUCGAAGGAAGGGGAGGAGCCUAUUCAACAAGGUAGAUCAAAAAUAAAUUAUGAGAAAAUUGUGCGAUCGUAUUUUUUCAAUAAUAUUUUUGGGUUACAAUUUUUUAAUCAAUAAAAAAAUGACGAUU